ACAUGAGUAGAUCAGUGCCUGCAAAAAUAUGUGAGUAAAUCAGUGCCUGCAAAAAUAAAUGGGUAGACCAGUGCCUGCAAAAAAUAAAUGGGUAGAUCGGUACAGCUCUGCAAGCAGUUAAAAGCCUGGUAGACCAGUACCUCUGCUAAAUCCUAAAUAAUUGUCACAUGACCAUUAAGCCAUGCCCACAAAAUAAGCCAUGCCCACAGAACCGGUAGUAAACAUUUUUAGAACCCACCCCUGGCAUGAAGGUCUCAGUUCUGAAGAGCAUGAACACUGCUGUGGCAAAGAUCUGGUUGUGGAUCACUAUUCAGACUCCUAAACCUGGACUGUGAAAAUCCAGAGGAUGAUAGUCAUAAGCGAGUGUUUUCUUAUCUUUGCUGGGGUCAUCUAGAUUUUGUCAGCCCAGACUCGAUAGCACUAACUCAUAUGCCAGUUGAAACUUCUGUGUCAGAGAUUUCUGCUGGACCAAGGCACGUAUAACUCCCUCCAUCAGUGUGUAACUCUGGCCAAAACACCUGUAUGCGUGGAUCAGGAAAGCCAGUGCUCCUUGGAGAACGGCAGGGAAUCACCUUUCCCUCCUGUCAGGCACCAGGCCAUUCCCGGAAAUGGGGAGAGUCUCUACCUAGUUGCGUUACUUUGGCUCGGCUGCCAAGGAGGGCUGGUCCCUCCCUCCCUUCCUCCAGUCCCCUGGCACUGCAUGAAGGGAGGAGGAGCUGCUGAAAGAAGGAGCCCUUCUCCAGGAACAGGCAGCUCCGCAGAGCACUUUGCACCGCUUAAGGCAAUAGCUCUGGCAUGUGCAAACUGCAGAGGGGCCCCAACUGGGCCACCUUCCCCAAAUUGGCAUGAGGCCUAGAACCACAACCAGGUCUUCUUCUCAGGUUGAAAUGUUGAAAUUUUCUGCCAUGCCAAUGGUACUGCUGUACUACUUGACUCUCUGGGGCCAGAUAGCUGACGCUCAGGGCACAGAAGAGCCUGAUUUAUACCAUGGUUGUUUGGAAGGAAGCUGUUACCCAGCCACAGGAAACCUGCUCAUUGGGAGGACCCAAAACCUGAGCGCUACAUCAACAUGCGGCCUGGAAGAGCCUCAGGAGUAUUGCAUUGUCAGCCAUCUUCAGGACUCUGAGAAAUGCUUCAUUUGUGACUCACGCUCAGCCUCUUUCCGUGAGAGCCACCACAUUGAGAAUGUCAUCUACCUUACUGGGCAGAAUGGUGAACAGACCUGGUGGCAGUCUGAGAAUGGUGUAGAGCAGGUCAGCAUUCGAUUGGACCUGGAAGCUGAAUUCCACUUUACUCACCUCAUAAUGAAAUUUAAGACUUUCCGUCCAGCAGCAAUGCUCAUUGAACGUUCAUCAGAUUUUGGGCAAAGCUGGAAAGUUUAUCGCUACUUUGCCUUCAAUUGCUCCAAGCUCUUCCCAGCUGUUCCUACUCAGAUCCCAACACAUGUCAAUCAAGCAAUGUGCGACGAGCGAUACUCUGAGAUUGAGCCCUCCAGCUAUGGUGAAGUCAUUUUCAAGGUACUAGAUCCAGCUGUGAAAGUAGAAGAUCCCUACAGCCAGGAAAUCCAAGAUUUGUUACGUGUCACCAACUUGCGGGUGAACUUCACAAAGCUGCAUACCCUGGGAGACAACCUGUUAGACUCACGACACCAAGUAUUGCAGAAAUACUACUAUGCGGUGUAUGAGAUGGUGCUUCGAGGGAGCUGCUUCUGUUAUGGACAUGCCUCCGAAUGUGCUCCUUUUACAGGAUCAACUAACCUGGUUGAAGGCAUGAUCCAUGGACGAUGUGUCUGUAAGCACCACACUAAAGGUCUCAACUGUGAGUUCUGCAAGGAUUUCUAUCAGGACUUGCCCUGGAGUCCAGCUGAGGUCCACAAUCCACAUGCUUGCAAAGAGUGCAACUGCAACGAACACUCCCACCGGUGCCACUUUGACAUAGCCGUCUACCUGGCUACAGGUAACUCCAGCGGUGGGGUCUGUGAUGAGUGCCAGCACAACACCAUGGGCCGCCACUGCCAGAGCUGCAAGCCGUUCUUCUACCGCAACCCACUGGCUGACAUCAGGGCCAAAACGGCGUGCAUUUCCUGUGACUGUGACCCAGCAGGCUCUUCGGAUGGAGGUGUGUGCGACAGUCACACCGACACAACGCUGGGCAUGAUUGCGGGACAGUGUCGCUGCAAAGAGAACGUCAAAGGUGCGCGUUGUGACAGCUGCAAAGAAGGCUUUUACGGCCUCAACGAUCCUCUUGGCUGCCAACCCUGCAGGUGUGACCCUCGUGGGAUCACCACAGAUAGCAGCCCCUGUGACCAGAUCACCGGUGAUUGCUAUUGCAAGCGUUUUGUCACUGGGCAAUACUGCGACCAGUGUUUGCCUGAAUACUGGGGUUUGAGCUACGACGUGGCAGGCUGCCGAAGCUGUGCUUGUGAUUUCGGAGGUGCCUAUGACAAUAGAUGCUCCAUGAACGAUGGCCAGUGUCCCUGUAGGCCCCACCUUAUAGGUCGUCAGUGCAACAAUGUGCAGCCGGGGUUUUUCUGUAUGCCCUUGGACUACUACAUGUAUGAAGCUGAACAUGCCACCGGUCUUCCUCCAACUGAUCCAGAUCUCCCAGGUCCCUUGAGGCAAGAAUCGCCUGUGGAUUGUGUGGAAUAUUACAACGGAGUCCAGAAUGGGCGCAGAGUGAGGCUGAGGCGCCAGCACAGCACAAUGAGACUCCUGCAGCAGCGAGGGGGGCUCUCGCGAGCUCGACAGCUUCAACAAAAGCCUGAUGUGGAAGUUGUACAGCGGGAGCACACAGGCCAUAUGAUCACAUGGACAGGGCCAGGCUUCGCCCGUGUGCGCGAUGGGGCUGGACUAUCCUUCCACAUUGACAACAUUCCUUACCCAAUGGAAUAUGGCAUCUUGUUCCGCUAUGAACCUGAGUCCACAGAAGAUUGGGAAGUUGUUGUCAGUGUCAGCUCGCAGGACCUACCAGUGAGUCCACGUUGUGGCAACUUGCUGCCCUCCGAGCAAGUGUAUCAAGGGAGUUUGCCUCAUACCUCCAGAUACUUGCUUCUGCCAAGGCCCUUCUGCUUUGAGCCCAGAAACCAUUACAAGAUCAUCGUGCGGUUCCAGCGAGCAGGCGUGGCACAACGCCAUCCUGGAGCUUUCAUCCUGGUAGACUCGCUGGUUCUUUUACCCCACGUGACAGAACUACCUGGUCUCCAUGGUGAUGAUCCAGCUUCUGUGGAGCGCCGGGAGGCCCUGGAACACUACACAUGCCUGGAAUUAUUUCGCAUGGCCACCAUGCCUGACCUGCCUGAGACCUGUGCCCACCUGCUCUGCAGCAUUUCUGCCAUAAUCCACGACGGGGCUCUGCCCUGCCAGUGUGACCUCCAGGGUUCCACCAGCAGCGUCUGCCAUAAACUGGGAGGACAGUGCCAGUGUAAGCCCAACGUUAUGGGUCGGCAAUGUGACCGGUGUAUCCCAGGCACUUAUGGAUUUGGACCUUACGGCUGCAGUUCCUGUGCUUGUUCCCCUGAGGGCUCGGUCUCCAAAAUCUGUGACCCAGUCAGUGGGCAAUGCCGAUGCCAGCAGGGUAUCGUGGGACGCCAGUGUGAACAGUGUCCACUAGACCAGUGGGGCUUCCCUCACUGCCGUCCUUGGCACUGUAACGGGCACGCAGAGAAAUGUGAUUCACACACCGGAGCCUGUCAAGAAUGCCGAGAUUAUACAGCAGGCCGCCAUUGUGAAAGGUGCCUGGAUGGAUACUAUGGAGACCCAGUCCUGGGAUCAGGGCAACAGUGUCGGCCGUGUCCCUGUCCUGGAUAUCCAGGUUCUCGGCACUAUCACGGCAUUUCGUGCCAGGCUGACAGAGACACAAAUCAGAUCGUUUGCUUGUGUGCUCCUGGCUACACAGGGCCACGAUGCGAUCGCUGUUCCCCUGGCUAUUUUGGAAGCCCUGGGCAGGAAGGUGGUGCCUGCCGCCCUUGUCAGUGUAACAAUAACAUUGACCCCAGUGACCCCGAGGCCUGUGACCCACAUACUGGUCAGUGUCUACAUUGCCUUUACAACACUGGUGGACCCCACUGUGCCGAAUGUCAGCCUGGCUACUACGGCAAUGCCUUUCAACGGAGCUGCCGACGCUGCACUUGUAAUGAACAGGGCACUUUGCCCACCCACUGCUCCGAAGGCAUCUGCCAUUGCGAUCAAACUACAGGCCAUUGCCCCUGCCGUGCCAACGUGGUGGAAAAGAACUGCGACAGAUGUGCCCAGAACUUCUGGGGUUUCGGCAGUGACUUGGGCUGCCAGCCAUGUAACUGUGAUCCGACCCAUUCGUUGCGCGCAGACUGCAACAUGUUUACAGGGCAGUGCCACUGCCAGCCAGGUUUUGGAGGCCGCGUUUGUUCUCAUUGCCAAGAAAACCACUGGGGCGACCCCGAAGAUCAGUGCUUAGCUUGUAAAUGUGACCCUAUCGGCUCUGAGAGUCCGCAGUGUGACCGUCUCACUGGACAUUGUUUAUGCCGCGGCGGCUUUACGGGGAGAAACUGUAACCAGUGCCAACGUGGUUUCCAGAAGAAUUUUCCCCACUGUUCUCCCUGCCAUAAGUGCUUUGGCCAGUGGGAUCUCGUGCUAAACCAGUUCAAUGAGCAGCUGCAAAGGCUGCAGGACAGAGUGCGGGCCCUGAAGGAAGGCGGCCCAAUACCUGAAGCCAGCAACAGCCGUCUGCGCAGCCUGGAGAGCAGCUUGGCUUGGGUGGAGCAGCUUCUGAUGGAUGGAAAGAGUCUGAGUGGUUCUGUGCUGCAGCAGCUCAACAACCUCCUAGCAGAUACAAGGGCAGACAUGGAUAAGCUGUGGGACUACCUGCAAGAUACAGAUUCGUGCCUGGAUAGCACUGAAUGGAAAGUCACAGAGCAGAGGGGCCACCUCAAUGCGUUGAAUGAAGAAGUAGACGAACUGAACCAGACUGUCAACUACCUUAGAAGUCAGCUGGGAAAGAUGGUAAACGGCAGCUUCAGUGAGUCUUUCCGUAGCAUCGUGGAGUACUUCCAGCAGUCAGAACAGGCUAUGAGGCAGGCCAAUGCCUCCGUUCGAGGGCGUCAAAGUCCCGUGGUCCAAGCCAAACAUACCCGGCAGGUCACUGUUGAGCUGUUGAGACAAAGAGGAAAUGAUUUUGGCAAGAGGGCAGCUGCUCGCCAAAGGACUCUGAAUAAUAUCCAACGAAAAGUCGAUGCCCUCAGCCUAAACAGGAUCAACCAGAAAAUCUGUGGAGGUUCUGGAGAAGAGGCCUGUGAAGACGCUCCUUGUGGAGGAGCUUCCUGUAAGGACAAUUCAGGUCAAAGGCACUGUGGAGGCCCUGAUUGUACUGGAGCUCUUCCUGUGUCCACCAAGGCCCUACAUUCUGCCCAGAAUCUCUCACAACAGCUGGAGACUACAGCAAGUCAGCUGGUCACCAUUGUUAACAAGGUGCAAGAAGUCCAGAACCUGGCACAGGAUGCCAGGAAUCAUGCUCAGGACAUCUUGGACCAUGCUCAAGGAGCUCGGAAUCAGGUGGAGAAGUCCACAGCCAAGCUGAGAGAAUUCAUCCAGAAGAUAAAAGACUUCCUAGCAGAGGAAGGUGCCGAUCCAGAGAGCAUUGAGCUGGUGGCCCAACAGGUCCUGAACAUUCCCCAGCCCAUCAGCCAAAGUGAGAUCGACAGUCUGAUUAAGGAGAUCUGGGACAGAAUCGGCCAGCUUAACAGGGUGGAUGUUAUCCUGAACUGUACAGUGCAAAACCUAACCCUUGCUAGGGAUUUGCUGACGAAAGCAGAACAGGCCAGGAAAAAAGCAGAAGGUGUACAGGAAACGGUGGCAGAAACAUCUGGAGCACUGGACAGUGCCAAGAACAAAGUGAAGGCAGCUGAGCAGGCCCUGAAAAAGACAAAAGAAGCCAUCCAGAAUGUGGAAGGCAAAGUCAAACAGGCUGGGAGCCAGCUUGAAACGCUCCUCAAUAAGGAACUGCGACUGGAAAGGCGUCUGAAAGACUUGGCACAGGAUGUGGCCACCUUACAAAAGAAGUCCCAGGAUAAUCAACGCCAAGCUCAGCAGGCCACGGGAAAAGCUGAGCGUGCCACUAACAUAGCCCUCCGGCUUAAAAAUGAGGUAGACGAGGUAAAGCAGAACUACCAGAAGCUGCAGGACGAAUUGGAGAAACAGCCCAAGGAUGUCCUGCUCAGGCUGAAAAAUCUUAGGGAGGAAGCCCAGAACCUCCUAGAUAAGGCCAACAACAGCAAAAGAAAACUGGAAGAAUUGGAGAAGCGCUUUGAGGACAAUGAGAAAGAAAUGACAAGCAAAACCACAAAACUGCAGGAGUUGGAGUACACUGCACUGGAAUUACUGCGGUAUAUCCAAGACAAAGCCACUGCCUAUGCUACCUGCUAAGGUCAAGGUUUCUGUGGACAGCCCUUUGGGUUGGCUUCCUGCCAGCUCCGGACACAACUAUGGUAUGGUGCUUUCUACUGACGUCAAUAACUGGCUCUUAGAGACAAGACUUUGGCAGUAAAUCCAGAGUCUUAAUGUAACCCAGAUCAUUUCAUCCUCAACUGAGUGUAGCACUUAAAUCUACCCGGGAUCAGACGUUAAUAGGAUGAUUCUAAUGUGAAUGUUUUGUACAAACAAUAUGUCUAGUUUGUUUUGACCCAGGACUCUGGAACAUAGGCCAGUUUCUGAAGGUAUCAGCUGGAGAGAUAGAAUAUUCCCCCUGUAGUCGUAGAAUGGGAACCAGUUUGGUGUAGUGGUUAAGGCACUAGGCUAGAAACCAGGAGAUUAUGAGUUUUAGUCUUGCCAAAGGCAUGAACCAGCGAGGUGACCUUGGGCCAGUCACUCACUCUCUGCCCUAGAAAAGAGCCACAGGCAAACCAACUUCUGCAAUCUUGCCAAGGAAACAGCAGGGACUUAUCCAGGCAGUUGCCACCAGUCAACCAUGAUUUGAAGGCACCAAAUUAUUAUCCUGGUUAUGGAAAUACUUCCUCUUUCAGUACCCUCUUCUUACCAUUCACAAUGUUAUUUUCAUUAUAGUGUGGAAACAGCCAUCAUUUCUGUAUCAUCCAGGCUGCCAAUAUGAAUGCCAUAAAAGCUAAUUUAAUUGACUGCCAUUUGAGAUUACUGAUCUUUCCUGACAUCUUUUUUAAUUAUUGGUGUCCUUAUUUUUUUAAAAUAAAGUAAUGCACAUAUACACAAAAACAAUAAUUUUCUAAGAGAUUUUCCUAUCCUGGUUCCCUCAAUUCCCAUAGUCAUCAGUUAGCAACUAGGUGUUGGUUACAGCAAGACACAUACAAACUCAGAAUUAGGAGAAAUUUCCUAACUGUGACAACCAUUAAGCAGUGAAACCCCUCCUGGAGUCAUGGCCGCUCCAUCACUGGUGGUUUUCAAACAAAGGCUGAACAACCAUUUGUAUGUCGUGAUAUAAAGAUCUUCUAGUCCAAGGUUGGACUAAAAGAUCUCCAUGAUGAUUUUCAACUUACUAUUGUAUGGUUUUAAGUCCAACAUUGCUGGUUUGGAGAAGACUGCAGGUCAUGACACAAUAUUCACCUCCUAUGAAUACUUAUGAAGGUCUCCUAUAUCCCACUCCAGAUGAGGAACUUCCAUUAGUGAGUUAAUGGAGGGACCUUGGUAGUACAGGGGUUUAAGGCACCCUGUUAUUAAGCUGGUUAUUAAGACCAGCUGCCUGCAAUUACUGCAGGGUUCGAAUCUCGCCAAGGCUCAAGGUUGACUCAGCCUUCCAUCCUUUCUAAGGUAGGUAAAUUGAGGACCCAGUUUGUGGGGGCAAUAAGCUGACUUUGUAUAAAUAUACAAAAGGAUGAAGGCUAUUGCUUAGCGCAUUGUAAGCCGCCCUGAGUCUUCGGAGAAGGGCGGCAUAUAAAUCAAAUUUAAAAAAAUAAAUUAAAAAAAAUGUCAGUAAUGAUUAUUUUGGGUUACCAUAGACAUCAGCACACAUUAAUAUUAUUUUUUUUAAAAAGCAAGUUAUGGAAAGCAUGCUUAGCAUGGCUUCUAGAAUUCUUUCCAGGCCUUUAAGAGUGGCUCUAUUUUGGGCCACCUGACCAGGAUAAGUGGAGGCUUAAGAAUAGAGCAGCUGGUAGCAUCCUAUUAUGAGUCUCCCAUAGGGAUAACAGAAUAACAGAGUUGGAAGGGACCUUGGAGGUCUUCUAGUCCAACCCCCUGCUCAGGCAGGAAACCCCAUAUCAUUUCAGACAAAUGGUUGUCCAAUCUCAUCUUAAAAACUGUCAGCGUUGGAGCAUCCACAACUUCUGGAGGCAAGUCGUUCCACUGAUUAAUUGUCCUGUCAGGAAAUGUCUCCUCAGUUUUAGGUUGCUUCUCUCCUUCAUUAGUUUCCAUCCAUUACUUCUUGUCCUGCCUUCAGGUAUUUUGGAGAAUAGGUUGACUCCCUCUCCCUUAGAUAUUGGAACAUGUUGCUAUCAUGUCAUACCCAACUCCAGCAACUAUUCUUGAUAUGUUUUAGCCUCCAGUCCCCUAAUGGGGACUGGGAUGCAUGUUUCUGAACUUUAUUAUUCUUCAUCAGAUCUAACCCAUUUUCUAACUCCAUUUUUCUUUUCUUGAUUUCUCCCUCUGCACACACCCCUUAAAUAUCCAGUUUACAUCAGUUUUGCUGAUAGAAAGACACACAGACCGACUGAUAGGCAGGCAUAAUCCUAAAUCCCUUUACAUAAUUUCUUUUCAACAUUCUGUUGGGCUGGGAAGAAUAAAAAAAAGAUUGAAAUAGAUUCAUACCCAUUGUAAUCUUAAUAGUUUAGGAUGAACUCUGGUUCUCUUAUUCCCCUGUACAAGUAAAAUGUAAGGAGAGAAGAGGGUUCCCCCAAAGUCUGUGGAUGAAUUUUCCUCCAACGUUUGAUUAAACAUUAGAUGGAGAUGGAGAAUUGGACAACUUAGCAAAUGAUCAGUUAGAGAUGAUUUGUUGGAAUGAGAUAGAUAAGAGAUUCUCUUUUAACCGUGUUGACAAAUGCAGAAAAAUAAAUGAAUUGAAGUUUUUACCUUAUUUGCAUGUCUCCUCCUCCCCUUCAGACCCAUCCGGUACAAUACAGCGGGCAUUGAAGGCAAUCCUAGAUUUUAUGAGGUCUUUGCUUUUUCUUUCUUUUUUCUUCCAUCCAUCAUUCAACUCGAUUCCCACAGCCAUUUUUUUUUUACCUAUUUGUUUAGAGAAGACUGUGUUUCAAAGCUACUUAGGUAGAUAUUUAGCCCAAUAUAGUAUGCCCUCCUCCAUGUAAUGUUUUCCUGUUACAGAUGUAAUUAUCUGGAGAUAAAGAAAUGCCUCACUACCUUUACGGGUUUUCCUAACUUAAUGGAGCUAGACGUCUACAAAGUGGAAUUUUAAAAUGUUCUUUCCUUGUAGUAAUAAAGCCUUUGACCUUUCUGA